UGUUUAUGGAAACAUAAAAACAAUAUUUUGAUGUGAAUAUAGGUUAGGUUGAAGUUAUACAAUGUAUUUGAAGUAAAAAAAACUAUAUUUAUUACUGUAAUAAUGUGUUAAUUUGGUGAAAGAUAAAGUAAAAGACAAUGGCAUUGUGUAAAACCAGCAUUUUCAUAAAUAUAAUUAGAAACAAUCGACAUUACUCGACUUUAUGUAAAAGUCUAACUAAUAUAAAUAGUUUAAAUUAUUCUAAGCCAAUAUUAAUUACUUCACAACGCUGGCUGUUUCACGAAAGUUUCAGAAAAGGUGGAUAUGAUACAGAAAAAAAGGUAUCAAAUUUGGAACAUUUGAAAAAUGGUUUUAAGGAAUUGAAGCAAGAAUUGAAAUUGUUUGGCCAGGAAGUGAAAGAGUUGAUAAUAACAGACCCUCUUCUUAUUGCUAGACCAGGUGAAACGGACCUCAUCUGGUGUUUCAACGAGCCGGGCGUGUUGGACAAGUUCGUGACGACCAGCGACAGUGACCACAAUGAAGGUUUCAGUAAGUGCAGCCUGGAAAUGAGCAGUGCGGGCCGAGCUAGAUUCCAUGGCUACCUAGACGUCAGGGUGCCUAAGGACGGACGUAUCAAAAAGGCGGGAUAUUGUGCCAUGAGGUCCAAGAGAACCAGAAAAUCAUUCAAGCGCCCUGCAACAUUCGACUGGAAUUUGUAUAAUACACUAGUACUGAAAAUCCGAGGCGAUGGCAGAUCCUAUCUACUGAAUAUAUCCUGUGAAGGGUACUAUGAUAUCACAUGGAACGAUAUAUACCACUAUGUGUUAUAUACUCGAGGUGGGCCUUACUGGCAAAUCGCCAAGAUACCAUUCUCCAAAUUCGUACUCGGCUCGAAAGGCCGUCUACAAGACAAACAGAAUAGAAUGAGAUUUGAUAAAGUCACGCACUUCGGUAUAUCGUGCGGAGAUAAGAUCAACGGCCGAUUUGAUUUAGAAAUCGAAUACGUAGGUUUGGAGUUUGAUCCAACACAUGAAGAAGAGUUUGCAUAUGAAAUGUACAAAACAGAUAAAUAUAUUGUUGGAGUUUAAAUGUUGUUAUUUAAGAUUAUAGAAUAAAUAAAUAACGUUGGUUUUAAAA